AUGGCCCCACUACAAAAUCCUAAAUAUACCACUGCCCAUUUAACGACACAAGAAAGAAACGCGUUACAAGCCAGUAUGGUUGAAAAAGCUCGAGCAGCAGCCUCAGAGUUUCAAAUUACCGGCAUUCCUGGAUCUACCAUGAAUACAGCAUCCAAGGCAAAGAAAUUUAGAUCACUGGUGGAUUGUUGGACUACAGGUUCCUGGGUAGAAGAUACAACACAUUACACCAUGCCACAUUUCCAAGAUCCAAUCUACGGCAGUUGCGACAGAAAAUACAAGAAAUCAGGCGGCACUAGCGUCCGUCCUGCUGUCCGAUACACUUGGAAGUCGCAAUGUGAUAUGAUCAGCAUGGACGCCCAACAUUGGUGCCAGGUAUUACGGGGUCGCCAUCUGUUGUUGGUAGGUGAUUUAGUGCAAUAUCAACUGCAUGAGUUGUUUUUGGAUACUUUGCGCGACGGACCAGCUGUUUGCUUUGGCGAAUUGAACUGCAAAGAUCAUACUGUAUGCGAGGAACCAGAGACUCGUCUCCGAUAUCUCCGCAAUGACAUCUUGUCUGUGCGUCGAAAGAUGGAUCAAAAUCAUGGACAUCCAACAGCUAAUGUUAUUGAAUGGCCCUUUACAUCAUCGAGUAUAAUGCGAGGAUAUCCAGUUGUCAUAUUGAACCGAGCACCUGUUAUCGAAAGCGACGAGAAAUUCAUCAAGGGAUUAGUUGAAACACUCCGAGUGAUGCGUAAAGCAAAUCCCAGUGCGUUGAUAUUGUAUAGAUCCACUGGAAUUGGACAUCCAUUCUGCGAUGAUGCUACUAAACCUUUAGCAAGACCUUUGGAUGACAGUUAUUUGAAAAAGCUGCCUCAUGGCUGGAGCGAAUUAGAGCGUCGCAACGCAAUGGCUCGCGAAAUUGUGGAAGCAGCAGGUGGCGUCUUUAUCGAUUUAGCUAAAUUAACCAAUGUGCGGCCAGAUGGGCAUAUUGGAGGACAAGAUUGCCUUCGAUAUUGUAUACCAGGACCAUUGGAUAGCUGGGCCCAAAUCUUAUAUCAAGUAUUUUUGGGUUUGGAUGGACAUCUAUCAAUAGAAGACUAG